AUGUCCAGAAACCCGUUCUGUGGAGAAAUUCCUGCUAAUGUCCACCCUAAGCCUCCCCUGGUGCAGCUUGAGAGCGCAUCCUCCGGGAGAAGAGGCCAGCCCCCAGCUGGCUCCAGCUCCUUCCAGGAGCUGCAGAGGGUGAUAAGGUCACCCCGAGCCGCCUUCUCCGCGCCCGGUGACCGCGGGGUCAGGGCGCUCGGGGGAGGAGCGGGAGCGGGAGCGGGAGCGGGAGUGGGAGCGGACCGAGGGGGUAAAAGCAGCGGAGCGGGGCUGAGAGGGAGCGGCGGGACAGCGGAGCAGAGCGGACGCGCUGCCGAGCCCGGGGCUGCCGUGCCGAGCCGUGCCGAGCCCUGCCGUGCCUUGCCGUGCCGAGCCGUGCCGUGCCGUGCCGUGCCGAGCCGAGCCUUGCCGUGCCGUGCCUUGCCGGGUCGGGCCGUGCCGUGCCGUGCUGUGCCGAGCCCGGGGCUGCCGUGCCGUGCCGUGCCGUGCCGGGCCAUGGCGGGGCUGCGGCUGCUGCUGGGGCUGUGGCUGGGGCUGUGCCUGUGCCCGUGCCCCGGCCCGGCCGCAUCCUGCAGCCCCCGCUGCCGGCACGGAGGGCUGUGCCUCGCCGACGGCUCCUGCCUCUGCUCCAAGGGCUACGAGGGCGAGCGCUGCCAGCACGCUACAUGUUAUCCAAAAUGCAAAAAUGGGGGAGAGUGCCUCCGACCUGGAAAAUGCAGAUGCCCACCUGGGUAUGGGGGUAGAUACUGUCAUAAAGUAAGCUGUGAAGGAGGCUGUCAGAAUGGUGGGGAAUGCAUCUCUGUCAAUGGAGUUGUGAAGUGCCUUUGUGCCUCUGGCUGGACAGGAUCAAGAUGCCAGGAAGCAAUUUGUCCUCAAGGUUGUCGCAAUAAUGGAGCUUGUGUGGCUCCUGGGAUUUGUAGCUGUCCAGCUGGAUGGGUCGGUAGAGCGUGUCACUUAGCUGUAUGUAAACUGCCCUGCCAGCAUGGAGGGAAAUGCAUCGCUCCAAAUGUGUGUAGGUGUCGACUGCCGUACUCUGGGCCACAGUGCACAAAGAAAAGGAAGGAAUGAAGCAACCUCAGCCAAAAUAAAUUGCAUUUUUUUUAAUGUAACUAUACAGAGAAGAAGUCUGCAGCAGUGGGGGACCUUAAAAUAAACAUGGUAAUUUGAUUUCA